AUGCCCAAUCUGAGGCUCUUUACCACUGACGAUGGGAAUAGCAACCACAAUACCAGUCCUGCUCAAAGCCCUGCUCCAAACACCCUACGGAAACCUGACAUUCCACGAACUAGAACCUCCUUGUCCAUGAACGAUGCCGAUGCCGAACAGUACGAUGAGCAUACAGCCCUUUUAUCUGCAAGUGAUAUUAUUCCAAGAAGCAGAUACAACAGGAGUGGUGCGAAUACGCCGAGGCAGGACCGUCUGUCUAGAAUAAACAGUUUCGUUGGCAGUCUGCACUCUAGAAAGAUAUCAAGGACGGGCACAUGGACUCAAUCAUAUCCUGCAAGUCCUCUACACACCCGGACUGCCGACCUACGAACUCCCAGGCUCCAUCAGUCCAUUAUGGGCAGUUUCAUUUCCGACGAUAGGAUGUGGUACGAUCAGUUCACCUCCACAGAUUGGGUACACGACAGUAUUGCCGAUGGUCAUCAUGUUCUGCGCCUAAGACGUCUAAAGGGCUGGAGAGGCAGACUUCACCUCCUGUUCGACUCCAUGCAAGGCUGGAUCCUUGUCUUACUUGUUGGUAUACUGACUGCAUUCAUUGCAUACUUCAUCGACAUUUCAGAUGCUGCUGUUUUCGACGUAAAGAGAGGUUUCUGUUCAGACCGUGCUUGGCUUAGCCACAGACAGUGCUGUCUAGGCGAUACCAGCUGUGCAAGAUGGAAGACUUGGUCAGAGAUUAUCAAGUCGAGUAAGGUUAGUACUGUAUGGAUCGAUUACAUCGCCUUUGUUGCCUGGUGUGUGGCACUCGCUUGUCUAUCUUGUGCUGUUACCCUCUUCUCAAAGACUGUCGUUCCGUCUCACAUUGCUGCUACUUUCGACGAGAACCUAGCUGCCCGACAACACCAGCGAUCUGGCUCGAGUGACGACAAAGAUGAUCAACUGCCACGCCCUUUAACUCAUCCGAAUCCUCCGCCACCCAGCAUAUACUAUUCCGCGGCUGGUAGCGGAGUCGCUGAAGUCAAGGUGAUUUUGAGUGGCUUCGUCCUGCACGGUUACCUCGGCGCACGCACGCUAUUCUUGAAAGUGAUAGCUCUCAUCUUGAGCGUCUCUUCGGGAAUGAGUCUGGGCAAGGAAGGGCCUUAUGUCCACAUUGCGACCUGCAUCGGCAAUGUUGCAUGCCGUUUGUUCAACAAGUACAAUGAGAACGACGGUAAGCGAAGAGAAGUACUUUCAGCGAGUGCCUCGUCGGGCGUCGCUGUUGCUUUCGGCUCUCCGCUAGGUGGAGUACUCUUUGGCCUCGAAGAAGUCAGCUAUUACUUUCCUCCAAAAACGCUAUUUCGAACCUUCUUCUGUUGUAUUGCGGCAGCCCUUGGUCUAAAGUUCCUCAAUCCUUAUGGCAACGGCAAAAUAGUGCUGUUCGAAGUGAGAUAUGUCACGGAUUGGGCAGUCUUCGAGCUGAUGCUCUUUGCCAUGCUAGGAGCCCUUGGUGGUGCUCUGGGCGCACUCUUUAUCAAGGCAUCCAAAUUGUGGGCGACAACAUUCAGAAGAGUACCUGUCAUUAAAAAGCAACCAAUGCUCGAAGUCUUCCUCGUCGCGCUCAUCACGGGUAUUGUGAGCUUCUGGAAUCGUUAUACUAGGCUUCCAGUGGCAGAACUCCUCGCCGAGCUUGCAAGUCCGUGCAGCAAGGGUGCCAUCAUGGGAACUGGCUUGUGUCCUGCUGCCGAGGACAUUCCUGGAGUCAUUGCUUACCUGUCCAUGGCCUUCGUCAUUAAAGCAGCACUGACAGUUGUGACGUUUGGUAUCAAGGUGCCUGCUGGCAUCUAUGUUCCCUCCAUGGUUGUGGGUGGUCUCAUGGGAAGAAUCGUUGGCCACUUUAUCCAAUGGCUCGUAUACCGAUAUCCUGGUUCUUGGAUCUUCGGCUACUGCUCCAACAGUACUUCCGGAGCUAUUGAGCAGUGUAUCACUCCUGGUGUCUAUGCCCUCGUUGCUGCUGGCGCGACCAUGUGUGGUGUCACACGUUUGACAAUCACUCUUGCUGUCAUCCUCUUUGAAUUGACUGGUAGCCUGGACCAUGUUCUGCCUUUCUCUCUAGGCAUUCUGUUCGCGAAAUGGACUGCAGAUGCUGUGGAACCGCUUAGCAUCUACGACUUAUUGACCGACAUGAAUUCCUAUCCUUUCCUCGACAACAAGUCAAGUCCUGUGUUUGAUUCUGAACUAGGGGACAUCGUACCGAGACUACGACUCGACAGAACCAUCGAUACCACCAUCUCGCCUUACGUUAGAGCUAAUGACCUACGUAUCAAACUCAACCAACUACAGGAUGCAGGCGAGCUAGAUGGUGGACUUCCUAUCCUGCGCGAAAAGAUCCUGAUAGGACUAAUCCCAGUGCCUGAUCUUGAGUUUGCACUUGACAAGCUGGAGACGCCGGAAGAGGAGACAAUGUGCCUUAUGUCAUCACAACAGUCCAUUAACUCGACGCACCACGGUUGGUCCUCUUUUCACCAUAGCUUUGAUCCCGACGCUGUAUCCGUGGAUGACGAGGAUGCAUCUUUCCACGAACCUGCCGAUCUAACACCAUACAUCGAUCCUGCACCUGUCGCUCUCGACGUUCAUUCUCCUAUGGAUUUGGUUUACCAGUGUUUCGUCAAGCUGGGCCUAAGGUAUAUUUGUGCUGUCAGUGACGGACAAUACCGUGGGAUGGUUCACAAGAAGUCUUUCGUGAAAUAUAUCAAAACCUGUGAAGAGCGAAGUUAG